GGUGCAUCUCUAAGUGCUCCUUCAGCCCUCCCAGCCCGCCGCCAAUUUUUUUUUUGCUUUAUCCUCUGAAGGGGCAGCUCUGUUAGAAAUGCAGAAUCCUAAGAUGCAGCCGAAGAAAUGCGGAUCCCCUUGGUUGAAGCAGGGCAGAGUUACCUGCCAGGAUUUUGUUUGAGCCAAAUGCAGCUUGGGAAGUUGGUCCCUUAAUCCGAGGGUGUUUGGGUGUCUGCCCUGGAGCAGCUGCAAGAAUAAGCAGCGCUUUGCGAGCAUGUGCAGAGUGCCCGUUUCCUUGUCAGAAGGGGUGGCUUUCCUCCCAAGGCGAGGCUGGGCAUUCUAGGGCACCUCACAUUUAAAAAACAACAACUAAGCUCUGUUAUCAUAACUCGUAGCAGUGAGUCCCUUAAUUCUACUACCUGUGUUUUCUGCUUGCUUGUUAACUCUUACCCAUGCGAGGUAGGUCAAUAUUGCAACUGUAGAGCAGAGCCUGAGAGAGAAGUAGCGUGUCUAAGGCUACCUGGUGAAUUCAAGCUGUAGGGGUGGCAAAACAAACACCACACAACCCUUAAAGAUGGUGCGGAUUUUGGCCAACGGCGACAUCGUACAAGACGAUGACCCUCGAGUGAGACAGAGCACUCAGAACAGAGGAACCUCCUCUCGGCCGGGUUUUUUCAACCUGAACUCAGGCCCUGCUCCACAACAACACUACCGCCAACAGCAGCAGCAGCAGCAGCCUCAGGAUGCAGCAAGGCCAGGGGAGCGCUCACUGCUUUCAGACAUCAAUCAACAGUUGGUGAACAUGGGAUUCCUCACGUGGAACCUUGGAAACCAGGUGGUGGAGCCAGUCAUGUCCAUCCUGCUGCUGCUCCUUCUCAUGAUGGUUGGCGUGCGUGGCCUACUCUUGGUGGGCCUCAUCUACGUUGUCUCUCACUUAAGCCAGCGAUGACAGGGACUUCUCUACAAGCCAUGACUGCUGCUUGGUGAAUGGAGAGCCGCAUUUCCUUAUCCGGUGUGUGAGCGCAUGUUAGAGAGAGAGUGGGGGGUGUGUGUCAAAUGUGCCCCUGUUGUGUGUAUGUGUGCCCAUAUGGGCUCCCACCCUCAAGAUGUUAUGUAAAUAGAUUUUGUAGGGAACAGGAAUGAGCUGUGGGGGGAGGCAGUAUAUGGAGUGUGAGUUUGUGAGGGUACAGUUUCUUCUACUUCAGUUGGCUUCCUGCGGAAGCAUGAAAAUUAACUUUCUUUCAGUGGCACGAGGCUCACUACAUUUUUUUCUCGUUGUGCUGCUCAGGUUGUAGCAGUUGGGUGUGGAGGCAAUCUCAGGGUUGUUGGUUGAAGCUUAGUUUUUUGACUGAAGGGGUGAAAAGGCAGCAGGUGGAUCUCUCAAUUGUUCUCUCAACAAAAGCGCUUAAUGAACCUCGUAUGUAAAAGGCAGUGUUAUGAGAUGACUAAGUAGGCAUUGUUUAUUGCCCUUAGAGAGGAGGUAGUUAACAUGAUAACUGAGAAGGUUUAAAGCAGAGGUGGGAAAUGUGUGGC